CAACAUGUGUUGGAUAAUUCUAGAAAAGCUUCGCAGUUGCUCUUGUGUUGGACCUUAGCUCGAGCUCGAACCCUCUAAGCGGCUACCCCUGGAAAAGAACCCCGGAGAGUAGACAUCUUUUUGUUUUUCUUCGCUUUUCAACAUUUCAGGGAGCUCCUUUCUACACUAGACGUUUUAUUACGUUGGCAUUUAUUUUUACAUUAGCUUGUUAGCCGAGUUGUCAAAAUGUUGAGUGUCGCCCAAAUAGUUUCAAGGUCUCUCCCGAAAAAGAACUCCACAACAAAUGUCUCCUCUUUGGUGAAGAAGGCUUCCUGGAGCGGCUUCCAACCCGAUGCUCUCAGGGCUCUGUCCAGAAGAGACUAUGCGUCAGAGGCGGUCAAAGGCUCCGUCAUUGGCAUUGACCUGGGAACCACUAACUCAUGUGUCGCCGUCAUGGAUGGGAAACAGGCAAAGGUGUUGGAGAACGCAGAGGGAGCUAGGACAACUCCUUCUGUCAUCGCCUUCACAAGCGAGGGGGAGCGCCUGGUGGGCAUGCCCGCCAAACGCCAGUCAGUCACCAAUCCUCAGAACACACUGUACGCCACCAAGAGACUGAUCGGACGCCGCUAUGACGACGCUGAGGUGCAGAACGACAUGAAGAACGUCCCCUACAAGAUUGUGCGUGCUUCUAACGGUGACGCCUGGCUGGAGGCUCAUGGGAAACUGUACUCCCCCAGCCAGGCUGGAGCCUUCGUCCUGAUGAAGAUGAAGGAGACUGCAGAGAACUUCCUGGGAACCAAAGUGAAGAACGCUGUGGUCACCGUACCAGCAUACUUCAACGACUCCCAAAGACAGGCUACCAAAGAUGCGGGUCAGAUCGCUGGUCUGAACGUCCUGCGUGUGAUCAACGAGCCCACAGCCGCUGCGCUGGCCUACGGUCUGGAGAAAACUGAGGAUAAAGUUAUUGCCGUCUAUGACCUGGGUGGAGGUACGUUUGAUAUCUCUGUCCUGGAGAUCCAGAAGGGGGUUUUUGAGGUGAAGUCUACCAACGGAGACACCUUCCUUGGAGGAGAGGACUUCGACCAGCACCUCCUCAGACACAUUGUCAAGGAGUUCAAGAGAGAGUCUGGUGUGGAUCUGACAAAAGACAACAUGGCUCUGCAGAGAGUCCGGGAGGCUGCUGAGAAGGCCAAGUGUGAGCUGUCCUCUUCUCUGCAGACGGACAUCAACCUGCCCUACCUGACCAUGGACGCCUCCGGCCCCAAACAUCUGAAUAUAAAGCUGACCCGCUCUCAGUUUGAAGGCAUCGUGGGUGACCUGAUCCGACGCACAGUGGCUCCCUGUCAGAAGGCCAUGCAGGACGCUGAGGUGUCCAAGGGAGACAUCGGGGAGGUGCUCCUGGUGGGAGGCAUGAGCCGCAUGCCAAAGGUUCAGCAGACGGUGCAGGAUCUGUUUGGCCGUGCGCCCAGCAAAUCAGUCAACCCCGACGAGGCCGUUGCCAUCGGAGCAGCCAUCCAGGGUGGUGUUUUGGCCGGUGAUGUCACUGAUGUGCUGCUGCUGGAUGUGACACCACUGUCUCUGGGUAUCGAGACCCUGGGCGGUGUCUUCACCAAACUCAUCAACAGGAACACCACUAUCCCCACCAAGAAGAGCCAGGUGUUUUCCACAGCAGCUGACGGUCAGACUCAGGUGGAGAUCAAGGUGUGUCAGGGGGAGCGAGAGAUGGCUGCUGACAACAAGGUGAUGGGUCAGUUCACUCUGGUGGGACUCCCACCCGCCCCCCGCGGUGUUCCUCAGGUGGAGGUCACCUUUGACAUCGACGCCAACGGCAUCGUCCACGUCUCCGCCAAGGACAAGGGAACGGGCCGCGAACAGCAGAUUGUGAUCCAGUCAUCAGGAGGUCUCAGUAAAGAUGACAUCGAGAACAUGAUCAAGAAUGCUGAGAAGUACGCAGAGGAGGACCGCAGGAGGAAGGACCGUGUGGAGGCCGUCAACAUGGCUGAGGGCAUCGUCCACGACACAGAAUCCAAGAUGGAGGAGUUCAAGGAUCAGCUUCCUGCUGAUGAGUGCACCAAGCUGAAGGAGGAAAUCACCAAGGUCAGGGACCUUCUGGCCAACAAGGACUCAGAAACGGGAGAGAACAUCAAGCAGGCGGCCACCACCCUGCAGCAGGCCUCACUCAAACUCUUUGAGAUGGCUUACAAAAAGAUGGCAGCAGAGCGUGACGGCAGCAGCGGCAGUGGCAGCAGCAGUAGCGGCGGCAGUAGCGGCGGCAGCAGCAGUGGUGGCAGCAGCGGCAGCUCGGGCUCUUCAGAGGGCGAGAAGAAGGAGGGACAGCAGUAGAUCUUUCACUUGUGUGUCAGUGUUUCCAUGACAACGGUGGACCCUUGAGCGACGAGCUGAAGUCAUUCUCACUAUAAUAUAUUAUUCUACUGUGUUUUGGCAGUAAAAUCCUCUAGCGAAAUGAUAAAUGUCAAUGUAGGCUCCUCCAUGUCUGUCUGUAAUUUAAUUGUCCAAAUCAAAGUCUGUUUAUUUUUACACAGCUGUUGAUUUACAUUCUGAGGUAGUGAAGGUUCUGUUUUGUAGGUUCCAUGUGGUUCUGCUCCAUCCUCUGAAGAAGCUUGUCCAUGGCUCUGAUCAUUUCAUGUUUGUACCAGUUGAGCGGAGGACAGCCCUAUGCAGUCUAUAAUGUAAUAUUGUGCUCUGCAUCAGUUGGAGCAUCUUGUUUUUAAAAGUGCGCUCAUAGCAACCUGGAGGUGGGAAGUUACUGUAUAAAACACUUUAAAUACAUGAGCCUUGUUCUGUCAGAAACGUGUCACUUGUCCUGGGUUCACUCUCAAGAGUUCUAAACCAAUGCACAUCUGUGAUAAUAAUUCAUUAGUCACGUUGGAGAUCUGGAAUUAUGAUCCUAUUUGCCCUUAUUUCUUCAACAACACGAGGCUUGCUACGUUGGGUCUUGUUUUAUCCAUAUCUGACAUUUUUAAACUGCUGGUGAAGCAGUGAUAAGGGGGAAGGACAGAAAAUAAAUCAAAUCUGUGUGUGGAUGAGGUCAACCUUAGGUUUUCUUUUCUCAUUUAAUAAGAAUGUAAAGCCUUGAUUUGUGAGAACCCCAAUUAUUAUUUUUUAUAUUUGCGUCCUUACUCAGCGUUCUGACUGAAACCAUGUCUGAAAGAUCUGCUGGCUAAACUAGCAACACAAUCAUCUGGUUUUGAAAUGGAACAAUUGAGGAUGAGGCCUGGGUUUACUUCAGACAGAUACUGGAAUGCAGGAUGAGCCUGGCCCGGUCAUGCCUGCUGCCACAAAGUGCUCUGUGCAGUGUACCAUCUGCUACUGGCUUGCCUGAUAGUGUUCCAUUGGACUCUACUCUUGAAAAGAGCGGUGAGGCAGCGUGUAGAACUGAAUUAGGGGACGAUCUGUUUUCUUUUUGUGUGGGCGGGAUUAUAUAAUGGAGUGGAAAUUGAGGGCCAAGAUAAUAGUUGCUGUCUUUUCUAAUAAAACAUCUGAAAUUUGAAAUGUUA